AUGGCUCGCCGUUGGAAUGCAAAUUCAGAACCCUACAAUGCUUACUUGUCGCCCAGGCAAGUAGAUCAACUGAAACCGGAGAACGCCUUUUAUACUACGGAGUUCGGCGACAGAUGUGAGCGUCACUACUGCGGGGCGUGUGGUCAGUGUCACCCAACAAGCAGCUGCGCCUCCAUGCGACUGUUGGAGCAUGUGACGGGCACCAGCCUCCCUGACGCCGCAUUCCAUGCCUCAGAAGCCUACGUUAUUGACGACUAUGCACAGCGACGCUUCCAAGCGGAACGACACAAACUGCGGCUGGAACACCACUGCAAACCCACGGAACCUUUCCCCUUUCCCAGCGAAACUGGUUGA